AUGAACCACAAGAACAUAACUCAGGUCUCGGAAUUUCUGCUCCGUGGUUUCUCCUCCGACCCAGAGGUUGAAAAAGUCCUCCUCCCAUUCUUCUUCUGUAUGUAUUUGCUUACCCUCCUUGGAAACAUAACAAUAAUCUUGUUGAUUCGCACUGAUAACCACCUCGUCCAGACCCCAAUGUACUUCUUCCUCAGCCAUCUUGCAAUAGCUGAUUUGGCUUUUGCCAGCACUGUCACCCCCAAGGUACUUGAGAACAUAAUAUCUCAGAAAAAAACCAUCUCCUACUAUGGCUGCCUCAUUCAGAUGUAUGCCAAUAUACAUGUUGGCAAUGCAGAUAGCUACCUACUGGCUUCUAUGGCCUACGACCGCUAUGUGGCUAUCUGCUGCCCAUUGAACUAUUCCACCAUUAUGAGUUACAAGCGUUGCCUUCAACUGGCCAUCGCAUCAUGGACGAUCACCAUGUUCCAUGCCAUACUUUAUACCUUUCUGAUGUCCCGUGUUGAGUUUUGUGAUCCUGGGGAAAUCUCUCAUUUUUAUUGUGAUCUUUAUCCUAUUCUGGAUAUCUCUUGUUCCGACAGCAAAGUCAUAGAUCUAGUACUGCUGACAGAGGGGAUAGUCGAGAUCCUAGGGCCGUUUGUGCUCAUUAUCGUUUCCUAUGCGUUCAUCUUCUUCACCAUCAUGAAGAUUCCAUCGGCCACCGGCAAGCGCAAGGCUUUCUCCACAUGCGGGUCCCACAUUUGUGUGGUGGUCAUGUACUUUGGAGGCAUCAGCUUUGUCUAUUUCAAGCCAAAUUCUAAUCUUGAAGAACGCCAAGACGCCUGGGCCGCCAUGAUGUAUACCAUGGUGAAUCCCAUGGUGAAUCCUUUCAUCUACAGUCUCAGGAACAGCGAGAUGAAGGCAGCCCUGAAGAGAAUCAUUAAGAGACAUUUUCAUUAAGUUUGAUGGGCCAAGCUUGGGGUACCUGGGAAUUCUGCAAUAGUGUCCCAAGAACUGCACACCCCGUAAGGUGUGUCCCUCCCCAGUUUAUACCCCACCAAAUCUUUUAACCCUUAUCUUCACUUAGUGAUGGCAUGUUUUUAAAUGCAACAGAAAUAUCUACAAAAGAUGCAAGAUUUCAGUGAGUUGCUAUUCAAUAUGAAAUAAACUAAUC